UCCUCCUCCUCCUCCUGCACCACCACUAACCGAGCUGUAACGGGACACUUUCAGCGCACCAAACCUUUACCCGUUUCCAUGUCUGGUAUGCUCAGACUCUCUGCGCGCCGUCCACCGACUUGAAUGAUGCGGACGCCGGAGAGUGCCUGCAUGAUGCCACCACAUGUCUAGGCCCUCUCUAAUCCUGCUGCAGCGACACAGAGGAUCCCCCUCAGUCCCUGGACACCUCAGUGCUACACAUUUGGCUCCUUGACUCAGCCAGCUCAUCCUGCAGCUAUCAGUUUCUAUUCAGGCUCUCUUUUUCCGGACUCUCGAUUCAGGCUGGGAUUACCCACUGAUGCUGAAUCCCGAUAGCAACUUCAGCCUAUUGUGGACCUUGGCAAUGUCAAAACUCACUGACAUUCAGAUGUGACAACAGGUUGACAUUCCUCAUUCCUCUCAUUUCUGUGGUUUUUCAUUCCAUUGGUCGGAAGCCAGAGCCAUAGAUUGACUGUCGCUGAGAAGAUACUGCUUGUUAUGAGGGGUUGUUAGACCAAAAAGACUGAAAGCUACAGCUGUUUUUAUGCUCAGCUUGUCUGCAAUAGACCUGGGAUGUGGACGGAAAGCUUUUUUCAUGUGCAAGUUUUAAGUGUGCAAGUUGUUGUACACUGCAAUACAGAAUAGACUACCGUGUCCAGAGACCGAAGAGUUGAGUCUGCUGCAACCUGUCGAGUUUUUCUGUCUUUAUAACCUGGUCUGAGCUGCCCAGUCAGGAGCAGCGUGCUUUCCAGAUGCUGCCAUGCCCAUCAUCAGCAACGCCAACCAUGACUUCAGCAAUCUGUCCCUCAGUGAUGACAGCAGUUUCGACCGCAUCUUUACAGAGAUCCCCGAGACUGAGACCAUCAAGGGUGUGCACUACCAGAGGGCUCAGUUUAUCCGUCGGCCAGAGGACCUGGUGUCCGUCGACCAUGCCCUGCUGGCAGUGAUCAACGUUGGGGGAAAUCGCUACACCUUCCCCUGGAGCACCCUGGAGCAAUUCCCUCUCACGCGACUUGGUCGUCUCUGUGGCUGCCAGUCACCUGAGGACAUCGCCAGUGUUUGCGAUGACUAUGAUGAAGCACGCAAGGAGUUCUUCUUUGACCGCUCACCAUCUGCCUUUAGGGUCAUCCUCAACUUCCUGGCUGCGGGGAAGCUGCGCCUGCUGAGGGAGAUGUGCGUCCUAUCCCUGCACGAUGAGCUAACCUAUUGGGGUGUGGAGAUGGCGUACAUGGAGCGCUGUUGUAAGAGGAAGAUGUACACGCGCAUCGAGGAGGUGCACGAGAUGGAGCGGCAUGAAGAGGAGUGCAGGCAAAGAAACGCCAUGCAACGUGUGUCAGUGGAGGAAACAAGGUACCGAAGGGUGAUGAACUGGCUGAGAGAUAUGGUGGAGAAUCCGCAGUCAGGCAUACCGGGGAAGAUCUUUGCCUGCAUGUCAGUGAUCAUGGUUGCGGUGACUGUCGUCAGCUUGUGUAUCAGCACCAUGCCAGACCUCAGAGAGGAAGAGAACAUGGGUAUGUGUUCCUCCAAGUGCUACAACAUGUUCAUCAUAGAGACGGUGUGUGUAGCCUGGUUCUCCCUGGAGUUCAUCCUGCGGUUCAUUCAGGCCCGCAGCAAGCUGGAAUUCCUUCGCGGGCCACUCAACAUCAUAGACGCCAUGGCCAUUCUUCCCUACUAUGUCUCUCUGGUGGUGAAAGAGGAGGACCCAGCCAAUGAUCACGAGAGACCAGGAGGAGGUAAGGGCUAUUUGGACAAGCUGGGCCUGGUACUGAGGAUUCUUCGGGCUCUGAGGAUUCUCUAUGUGAUGCGGCUGGCUCGCCACUCUCUUGGCCUGCAGACACUGGGGCUGACAGUCAGGCGCAGCACCCGGGAGUUUGGCCUCCUCCUGCUUUUUCUCUGCGUGGCCGUCACCUUAUUCUCCCCGCUGGUCCACUUGGCUGAGAGUGAGCUCACAGGCGCCCAUGACUUCAGCAGCAUCCCCGCCUCCUACUGGUGGGCCAUUAUCUCCAUGACAACCGUGGGCUAUGGCGACAUGGUGCCUAGGUCCAUUCCAGGACAAGUUGUAGCACUGAGCAGCAUCCUCAGCGGGAUCCUCAUCAUGGCCUUCCCCGCUACCUCCAUCUUCCACAUGUUCUCCCGCUCCUACCAAGAGCUCAAGAUGGAGCAUGACCGAUUAUUUAAAGAGGAGUGCGCAGCCGCUGCAGCUGCUGCUGCAGAGGAGCUGCAGGAGGCAGGAGGUGAAGGAGUAAGGAGGGAAUCAGCUCUACCUGGGCUGGGAUUACGUCUAGACAAGGAUAGUGUGCACUCACUGGAGUCUAUCGCUCUGCUGGGGAAAGGCGAUGAAUCUGCAGGAAAUAACAAUCACAGCCUGCCAGCAGCAGCUUUCUGAGCAGUACUUACACUGACUGACUCAAUCCUAAACUUCCAAGAAGUUAUGAAUCCACAAAUCCCUGUGUUGCACACAAUGAAAGGACUGUAAACGACUAUUACUCCAAAGGCUUAACUUCCCAUAAGGUUUGUGAGGAACUUCAACGAAAGGUAUUCCCAUUAAAGAGCGUGCACACUGUAGACUGCACAGACACUAAGAAAAGACUGAAAACCCUUUAAAAUGGACGGUCCAGUUUGUCUGACCAGAAAGCCAAUAUUAGUAACCGGCUGCUUCCAUAAACAUGCAAUAUUCAAUCCAAAGUUGCUUUUCCUUCCACUGUGAUCAUACUUAUAAGCCCAACUGCAACUUUUAGUUUUAUUUUUACUACGUUUUAAUAUGUUGCCUACAGUAUGACCUGUCUCAUACUGCAUACUCUACUUUUCUGUCAUGAAUUUUAAAGAAGUGCUCAUCUUAAUUUAUUUUUUUGAGAAGCUUGAAGCCAUGUCCUGAGAAGAAAUAUAAACAAGCUGAUAGUUUGGCCCAUAUAUGAUAUAUAUCCAUCUCUCUCUCAUGUAUGUUGUAUGCUUGGACUCAAUGGUUUCUCUGUUCCUUACCUUAAACUCCAGGUAAACUGUGUUAGGAUAUUGCAGAAGUUAUGAUGCAUAUUGUUUUUUUUAGUUGAUCGGGAAAUGAAAGCAUGGAAAGAAACAAAGAAUGUUUGUCUUAGAGAGAGAGGGUGUGUGAGUGAGAUAGAAUGAGCACUAACAACUAUGAUGUGUACUUGGCAAUGCUCCAAAUAAAAGCUCUCCUAGUAAUCUGAGAGAAAUACA